CCGCGCCUCGGCUCCCGCAUCCCUCCAUCCAACCCUGUGCCGCAGCCGCAUCGCCACCGCAGCCCAGGCAGAGCCCAGUCGGCCCAGGCCCCUGUCUCUGCCUGGUCUCAGCUCCCGCCCUCACCCCUCACGCCGCGCACCUUAUCCGCACAUCCCUCGGAGGUCUAGUCCGGUGCCCCCAGACCCCCGGCCUCCAGCAAAGAGGCAAGAGGCAGAGAGAAGCAGCGGAGGCGGGAGGACGAAGAAGGGGAGGAGGAGCCCGUCGCAGGAUGAAGGAUCGGACUCAGGAGCUGCGGAGUGCAAAAGACAGCGAUGAUGAAGAGGAGGUGGUCCACGUGGAUCGAGACCACUUUAUGGAUGAGUUCUUUGAACAGGUGGAAGAGAUCCGAGGCUGCAUCGAGAAACUGUCUGAGGAUGUGGAGCAGGUGAAGAAACAGCACAGCGCCAUCCUUGCUGCCCCCAACCCGGAUGAGAAGACCAAACAGGAGCUGGAGGACCUCACGGCAGACAUCAAAAAGACCGCAAACAAGGUCCGGUCCAAGUUGAAAGCGAUCGAGCAAAGCAUUGAGCAGGAAGAGGGGCUGAAUCGUUCCUCCGCCGACCUGCGCAUCCGCAAGACUCAGCACUCCACCCUCUCGCGGAAGUUCGUGGAGGUAAUGACCGAGUAUAACGCAACCCAGUCCAAGUACCGGGACCGCUGCAAGGACCGCAUCCAGCGGCAGCUGGAGAUCACUGGCAGGACCACUACCAAUGAAGAACUGGAAGACAUGUUGGAAAGCGGGAAGCUGGCCAUCUUCACGGACGAUAUCAAAAUGGACUCGCAGAUGACAAAGCAGGCACUAAAUGAGAUUGAGACAAGGCACAAUGAGAUCAUCAAACUGGAGACCAGCAUCCGAGAGCUGCACGACAUGUUUGUGGACAUGGCCAUGCUGGUGGAGAGCCAGGGCGAGAUGAUUGACCGCAUCGAAUACAAUGUGGAACAUUCCGUGGACUAUGUGGAACGAGCUGUGUCCGACACCAAGAAAGCUGUGAAAUACCAGAGCAAGGCGAGGAGGAAGAAAAUCAUGAUCAUCAUUUGCUGUGUGGUGCUGGGGGUGGUCUUGGCGUCAUCUAUUGGGGGGACACUGGGCUUGUAGGCCCCUACCCUUCUCUUCCCUCAGUCCCUCCCCACUCAUUGGGAGCAAUCCCCUCCCCCUUCACUCUCCCCUGCUCCAAGCUCACUCCCAAAACAGACCCAGGCAGUUUCAGCUCCUGCCACCCUCAUGCACACCCUGGAGUCCCUGGCUCUCACUUUGCCAUGGAGCCUCCCUCCACCUUGCCGCACAUAGAUAACAGCAGGCGUGAUCACACAUGCACACCAACAUGCAUGCCGCGGGCACAUGCUCAAGACGUGUGGACACCCCAGCGUGUAUGUACUUGUGUAGAUGUAUGUAGAUCCCCUGAACCUCUUGCUGCCACCUCCAUCCUGUGUGGUCUGAACUUCCCUCUCUCCCGUUGCUGUGCAGACUGUGGCCGAGUAGAACACAGCAGCCCACCAUACCCCAACCUGUCUUCUGUGAACAGACACGUGUAGUGCAGGUGUGUGUGUGUGUGUGUGUGUGCUCGCGUGUGUGCACAGAUCUGUGGCCAUACAAUGUGUGUACAUGGAGUUUUCUAAGUGUGAAAACCCAAUGCAAAAGCAAUUCCUCCACUGACCUUCUCUCCUAUAUGCUCCAUCUGGAGUGGGAGGGAUGUGUGAGGGUAAUUCCCAGCCUCCAAGGAUCCAGGGAGGCCCAGAGACCACGGCACAUGUCUCCUGUGAUGUAGAACUCACAAACUCUCCUGGCUCAGUUACUGCCAGGGGUUCACUUCAUGUCCUGGGGACUCCCCCCACCCGUGUGUGUGUGUGUGUGUGUGUGUGUGUGUGUGCGUGCGCAUAUGUGUGUGGAGCCUUGAGUUCAGGGGAAGCAAGUGGAAGCCUGUGUGUACAUGAUAAAGAUCCUGACUCAGUUGGUAUGAAUGUGCGUUUCCCUAAUAGGUGAUGAUGUAAAGGGCUGGUGCAUAAGACUCUCUCUCUCUCUCUCUCUCUCUCUCUCUCUCUCUCUCUGUGUGUGUGUGUGUGUGUGUGUGUGUGUAGUGUAGUGCUGAUAAUCUUCUCUUAGAGCCAUCCAUGCUGUGAAUCAGACACUAGUUUUGAAUGGGUAGAGAUAGCUGUCACUAAGCUACCUGGAAUACGACUGUGUUCGUGUGCACCCUUGUGGACUUUCUACAUAACAUGUUUCUGCUUCUGUGCGUCACACACAUACACGUUUCUCUUUAAGUUCAUGCUCCCCAGAUUUAUCCAGACUUAGUUGCUCCUCCCUUUCCUCAGAACAGCAGCUCACACUGCUCUAUCUAUCAGGAGUGUGCCAGGAGUGUGCAAGGGCUGUUUCCUCCCUCUCCAAACCAUCUGAUGGGAACACACACCUAGACUCUUACCUUUCUCUCUCUGCCCAACAGCAGUACUGAGCCUUGAACAACUAGCACGUCCUAGUGUGUUCACAAAUGCCGAGGCUGAGGAAGUUCCAGAAAGGUGCUCACACACGGGUGCAGGGGCCUCACACACAAACAGCAUGGUGCCCAUCCCGGGCCACACCAGUUUGCACACAAACUGUCUCCUGGAAGGAGUGUGGUAGGCCUAAGGAGGUAAGAUGCCAAGGGCUGCUCCAGACAGGCGGGAAACAGUGGCAUUUCCCUUUCCUGCCUCUCAAACUCACCUUGAAGCUCUUGUUUGUCCUCACUGCCUCAGCCGAUGCUUUGAACUCUUCCUCAAGGAACUUGGGUUUGGGCAGCUGGAUUUUACACACACCUGAGUGGCUACUUAGGGCCAUCCUUGAAUCUAUCCCUCAGACAUGUGUACUGCUGAAGCCAUCAGCCCGGCCUCUACCACAGCUGGGUGACAGGGAGGUUGAGAAAGGGAGCGUCCUCCGGCAGUGAGGAAUGGAGAAACCCCUUCCACUGUGUGGACAGUUGUGCACUGUGUGGGCUCUCGGGGAGCAGGCAGGAUGUCAGCGGGAUAAAGGACAGUGCUACAAGUCCUGUGAAUGUGUAGGUGGCACACAGAGGCACAUGUGUCCUGGCCUGCAGUCGGGUAGCCAUGUGAAGUGUGUGUGAACACAGGUGCACGCAGGACUCGGGGAGAAGGGAGAGGGGGAGUCCCUGAAAAUAAUGGCUUUCUAAAUGGAAAUCUUCUGAGCAAGCCCUGAGAGCUCAUCUCUUCCCUGCUUGACUGUUUGAGCUCUGCCCACCUGGUGUGUGUGCGUGUGUGCAUGUGUGCAUGUGUCCAUCCACGUGUGUGUAACCCCCAGGUUAGCUAUGCUGAAGAGGGAGCCUGCCUAUCCAUUUCCAGAAUACUCUUCGGCAGGACAGGAGUUCGCCCAGAGCUUCGUGCCCCCGUCCUUGACUUCUCUGGAGAUGCCAGAGGAGGCCCCAGCAUCCACCCACUUCUUCCUUCAGCCCAGCCAGAACCCCCUUCAACCUAGGUGUUUCUAGCAGCCUCCCUGACACCCCAGUCACGGUGUUCACAAGGGCAGCCUGUGGCUGGCAUGCUGCUUCCGCCUCUUUGAAUGGCACUGGGCCCAGGGCUGCCCACCACUGGGUCCCAAGUGGACUAGCAGUCCUGAGUCUGCUGUAACCCAGCUUUCCACAAGACCCACACAUCACAUGAUGGACAAGCUUGUUGACUGUUGUCCAUAUGUGUGUCCUGGAUGAUUGUCUGGGGGCUGGUGUCUUUUGCAUGUUCUCAGAUAAGUGUGUGCCGCCUGCCCUCCACACACCUAAAACCAUCAGGCCCAGAUGUGCCCCUGUGUGGUCCUAUGCCCAAGCCAGGACUCAAUGCUUCCAUUGUCCCUUCCUUGCCUCUUACAAAGCCCACCAUGUGUCUGUCUCCUGUGCCCGUGGGUCAUCACGCUCUUGUCAUGCCUUGAGCGUGCACACAUGAUGUGUUCUGUGAACUCACCCUGCCCUACCCACCUCACAGAGGACAAGAUGGCCGGUUCCUAGCUCUCUUCUCCCCCACCUAGCCUCUCCCCACGCCCCGCUGUGCAGCUGUGUGCGUUGGUGUGUUUCUGUGUCGCUGGCGUGUUACGUGAUGUAGCCAUGUUUGCUGACAUGAGCCCCUGCCCCCUUUUUUUCUCCAUUGGUUUCUAGAACUCUCUCCCUCCCCUCCUGAGGGGACAGGACUCCUGGGGCCUGGCUGGGGGCCCAGAGCCUGGCCACCCUCCUGUUAGCCCUCAGAGUCUUAUUUCUCUCUAUUGGUGAUCAAGUUGCAAAUGGAUCAAAUACAGGAAAUUUUGACCCCCGCCCCAGACCUGCAUGUCCUGUCCCCAGAGCGCCCGAACCCCAUCCUGGGCCAGGUUGGGCCUGGUGGGACGGGAGAAAUAGCAACCAAUCCAACAGCGGG